AUGACUAACCGUGGUUUCAAUGCUGCCGCUGCGAGGAACCGACAGCACUACCUCCAACUUUUGAGAGAAAGUGCAGGGGAGACAGUAUCGCGGGCAACCGUGUUGAGUUGUAACAAGAGUACCUGGAGCGCGCUGCACCGAAUUCGUUCCCAUGACGCUAAUCUUCACCUUCCAGAAAAGUGGGUGCAGACUUCGAGCACGCGCCUGCAGACGUCACUUGAAGGUGUAGUUCCGCAGGAGAAGUUUCUCAACAAUGACUUAUUUCUUUGUGCGCUUAUUCACCCUAGUUAUGUCCGUUCGCGUAUCGCCCGCGCUGCGGUAGCGAUGCCUAUUGAGUUAACAUUGACGGGGUCGUCGACAUUGCGCCUGCUGAAGGAAGUUGCAACGGCGCACGGCAGGAUGGAAUUUUUGCAGACGAGGGAGAUUGCCGACAUCCCACGGGCGCUUGGCGUGGAGGAUCUUGUGUUGUACGACAAGGCCAUGUUUGCGGUGGACCGACUAAGUAAGGAAGGGGAUGACGAGAGCAGCAGUAAUAAUAUUAACAGAAACCCACCGGAAGAGGUACAACUUGCGGCCGCGACAGCGCUGUGUGGUGCGGUGGCUCUCGCUGAAGGUGUGCCCUCUGUCGCUCUGCUGCUGGAUCGACUGCUGCUGCCGCCGCUGCGGCGGCGGCGGGGAAAAGAGGCGAGGUAA